GAAGGAAGAGGGAGCGAACAAGAGGGAGAUCCACAGGAGCGAUCAUCCAGGGCAGAGGGGGGGACGCCAGUCUAAAUGGGCCCGGCAGUGCCUUGAUGGAGUAUGGGACAGGUUCUAGGAUUCUCCCACUGCAAGGAAUUUGGUUCAGUCUCCUCGACACCUGACUCCACCCCUCCCUGCACUGACGGUGGUAAUGAGGAGUCAGACUUCCCAGAGCUACAGACGGCACGGGAGUGGUCUGAGGAUGAGGACGACGGCGAGGAAGACGAAGGGGGGACCAGCAGCCCGUCAGUGUGGGGGACCCCAAGACAGAACUCCUUCGAGCUCACCUUCUCCUACAUUGCCUUCACGGAGCCCGAGGCGGGUGGGGCCUCACGGAGGGACUCGAUGGGUGGGGGUCGUCGCAGGGGUGGGUCGCGGGGAGGCCGGGCCGUGCUGAGCCGCGUGGACACAGAGGAGAGCCUGCUGCCCUCCGACUCCCCGGAAGCAGACUGGGAGCACCACACUAUGCUGUCAAGGCAGGAGGAGGAGGAGGAGGAGGUGGAGGAGGAGGGGCCAGAGGGGGAGCAGCCCCAAAAGACACCCAGCCUCGAACUGAGAGACCAGCCCCCACCGUCCCAUAGCUGUGACCCAGAGCCACAGGACAGGGACCCGGAAUGCCAGAGCAGUGAACAGGAGGAGCCCUCGGGCACCCAACACCACGACCACGCGGACAGCUUCUCAGUGUUAUUGCUCCCAGGAGCAGAUUCCCUCAUUGCUGCAGAAUCCACAACUGCAUUGUGUGCAUCUGUGCAACCGGAAAGUGGAGUCACUGAUGUAACAUCAUCCACUUCGUCUUCUUCCAUUGGUCAAAACACUCAGGAAGAGCCAAUCAGCGAGCAGUGGUUCUCAACGUUAAACCUAUCAGAGGGUAAUGGGAGGUGCAUCCAGAUAACAGUGAUGGACCUGAUCUACUGGCGGGACACAGAGCGUACAGGCAUGGUGUUCACUGGGCUGGUGGUGGGCCUGCUGUCCCUGUUCCAGCUCAGCAUCAUCACCGUGGUGUCCACUGUGUCCCUGGCCAUCGUGUGCUGCACCAUCGCCGUGCGCAUCUACUACAAGGUCCUGCAUGUACUGCAGUGGGGUGACGGCAAGCACCCCUUCCAGUCAUACCUGGACCUUGACAUCAGCCUGACGGGAGAGCAGGCGGUGAGCUACAUGGAGCGCCUCAUCGUCACCACCACGACCGCCAUCGCAGCGAUCAAGCGGCUCUUCUUCGUCGGCAGCCUGAUCGACUCUCUCAAGUUCUUAUUUCUGAUGUACCUGCUGACCUACGUAGGAGACCUCUUCAAUGGCCUUACUCUGUUGAUCAUUGCUGUGAUCUGUCUCUUCUCCCUCCCACUGUUCUACAAACAACACCAGGCACAGGUUGAUGGGUUUUUGGAAAAAGUCAAGGCCCAUGUUGACAACAUCAAAGACAUAUUUCACAGAUUGUUUCAAGGUGGCAGCCCCACCCCUGACCCUGACCCCGCUCCUGGCGGUGCCAAACCCAAAACAAAGUGAAGAGUAGGGGGGACGGGGAGGAGGGACUACAGGCUGUCACUCACAUGUCUUAACCAGUAGCCUGUGGUCAGGGUCCCAGUCUGACCAGUGUGAUGGGAGAGGAGGUGGGACGGGUGGGUGGAGCUAAGGUAUGGGGCAAAG